GUCUCCUCCCCUCCCCUCCCCCCACCUCCCUGUCAAGUGAGGGGAAGGGGCCUCCCAGCCACAGCAUAUGGGGGCGGGGGCGCAAGGCCCUCCUCUCCUGCACUCCCAGUCCCAAGAGCAAGCCCCACUUGUCAGCUGGUAUGGACGCCGGCCCCGCCCCCGCGGUCCACUUCCUGUUUCCUGUAGCCUGUCCAGGGACAGACGUAAUGGUGGUCGCGGGGAAGUGUCCCUGCCGACUUCCGCUUCCGGUCACAAGAGGCUUCCGCUUUCCCACAUCCUGUUUCCGACUGGCGGCGCUUCCUCUUCCUGCCUGUUGCCAAGGCCUCUUGACAUGUCCUUGCUCCCUUAAGCUCUGGGCCUGGUGCGGACCCUGUUGGCUGCAAAGGUGCGAUGACGGGACUCCGGGGAGCCAGGCCGCAGACAACCGGGGCAGGAAACCUCGCCUGCCAAAGGUGCCUUUGAAAGGGAAAGUGCCCGGCAGCACCGCGGGGAAGGUUCGUGUCCGGGAAUCUGCAGCCCUGAGAGGACAGGUGGCAUUGGACUGCCAGGAAGAGCCCCAGGAAACGGCUGGAGAGCAAAUGGCACCGGGCCAAGGGCUGCAGUACUGGUUGUUCAACCUUUACCAGAACCUCACUGACUAGAUGAAGUGAUCAUUCUUUCCAUACCUCUGUGUUACCAGGUGAUUUUCUUCACUUAUUCUCUUCCCAUCCUUAAUCAAGGACUAAGUUUUGGUAUUUUCCAAUUAAUUACUAAAAUUACAGUAUCUUCCUCAUGAAUUCCUCCCCAUGCUUCUUAAAUAUUCUUAUUUACUAUAUAGAGAAAGAUCUUGUUCCUUAAAGGAUUGCUCAAACCUACGCAUUUACUAGGUUUAACGAAACAUCAGGGGUUCCUGAAUUAUUUGCAAUAAAUCCACUGAGAGAAAGAUCACAACCAAAAUCAUCUGUACCAUCAUUAUAAUUUAGACAUCUGAAUUCUGGCCAUAUAAUCCCAUCAUUCAUUUCUCUUGGGACAUGCAUUAAAGUGUCUUCUCAAGAAUUCUGUGUUUCUUUGCAAGAUAAAGGUUGAACCCAGUUCUCUUUGCCCUUAAAGAUAGGGUAACACUAGCUUGAAAUCUCUGUUUGGGGCUUGAGCCCCAGACAGGCCUUGUGUUGCAGGAUUAGUGAGAAGGAAAUGAACAGAGUCAUAAAGGCCUGGCUUGGCCAGUACCCAUUUACUUUGGAGUUUUACUUGUCUCUCCCAGUUACAACACUGCCUGGCACAAAGUUGGGGAAGCGGUUCCAGGGGUGAGGGGAUUAGUGGAUUGAUUGGGUUGCCUCUAACACUUAUUAGCUUGUGGCUGCAAGCAAGUUGCUUAACUUCAUUUUGCUUCAGUUUUCUCCACUGUAAACUGGGGAUAAGAACAGAAUAGCACCUACAUCCUAGGAUUGUUAUCAGGAUCAAAUGAGACAUUUUAAAAAUAUUUAGCACAGUGCCUGGCACAUGGUAGGUGCUUUAUGCAUAGACAUAUACCAGUGUUUAAUAAAUGUUACUAUCUGUGGCAGGGGCUGUUGAAGAUGAUGCUGCAAAAGAAAUUGAAAAAGAUCCUUACUUUAUCAACUUAAGUUGAUGAGCUUUGUUAUGGAUAUUUACACUUUUUUUCACUAGUUUUUCCCUCCUAACAGGUAAGUAAGUAGUAGAUGUUUCAUGGUUUGUUUGAAAAGGUAAGUCUCCAGCUCCCACUGGUAGCCAUGGCAUUGCCCGAGCCUGUGGUGAGGCAGUUAGCAGCAGUGCAGCUUAUGAACAAUUAUCCUUGAUUUCUCCACACACAGGAACCUUCCCUGCAACUUAGAAGGAAUUAGUCUGCUGUUUCAUGAAGACUGACCAUCAUUGCUAGUGGAGUAGGUGUGGGCUUAGCAGCUGCCUUCUGAGUGGUUAUGAUUGAGAGAGCAGACAGUGAGUAGCAUUGAAUGUGUGAACAGAGCAGUUGGGUGGCUGUGUGAGUCCAAGUAUGUGUAUGCUUUGUGGAGUCGUACACAGGAGAGUGUGAGUUGUGCUGUUUGCAUGUUGGAGACUUCAGGUAGGAUCUUGGAAGGGUUCUGUAAUGUGUAUAGGGCUUAACUUCCAGUAAAGACUUCAAAAGAAAACCCUAAGCUUCCAAACUUUAAAGUUUGAAGUCUUGGGGCUUCAGCCCUAGGCAGGGGUUAUGUACUAGGUCAGGAGUGUGCAAUGUCAUGUACUCCAAGACUAGGCUUGGCCAAGCCCUAUUUCAUUUAUAUGUGUAUGUGUCUGCCUUGGUUACAGUGUAAGGUCUUUGGGAGCAUGAUCUGGUUCCUUUUCUUGUGUUUAUAACCUAUCAAUUAGCACAGUGUCUAGCACAUGGUCCGUGCUUAAUAAAUGUUUGUUGAUUAUGAUCACCCAUGGUCCAUAAUUGUAAUAGCUGGAACCUCACAGUUGGAAGAGACCUGGAAACUAGCGACUGGUGCAGAAAUGAGAAUCCCCAGUACCAUAUCCCUGUCUAGGGGUCAGUAGAGCAGGGCAGGCAUUCUUAUCCUCAUUUGACAGAUGAUGGACCUAGGGCCCAGCAAUAGAAAGUAACUAGCUUAAUGUCACCCAGCUAGAUGGUAGCAAAACUGCGAUAAUAAGCCAGGUGUCCAGGUGGAAUACUCUGUGCAUAAGCACUGAUGUUGCUGGAGGAGAGCAGAUGAUCCAGAAGCCCAUUGCAGUGUUGCAGGCAAGAGGAGAUGGGCAAGGUGACCCUGCAGCCCACAGAUGAUGCCCAUGUGAGUGGAGAGAAAGGGAAGUGUGUGAGAGAUGUUAGGGAGGCAGGGGCAGCUACUUGGAUAACUGGAAAGAUGUCAGCAGCAGCUGGGAUGACCAUGAUAUCAGGGAGCUGAUGACAUUUGUGAGGAAAGAUAUCAGUAAGAUAGGUGAUGGAUCUUCCACAACCCCCCAUCAGUGCCCCUCUAACAAGGAGGGGGGCAAGAUUCUUAAUUGUCACCACAGGGAAAAGGUCAUACUGGGAGGGAAAGGAAAGCUCUUCCCUAUAGUAACUGUCUACCUGCUGCUGUUGGUCACCUGAAGUGGUUUGGUUGUCACUGACCUGAAGCCUUGCUUCUCUGGGGCUGGUUAAAAGGUUACACAGGGGAGGGAGGGUUGUUGCCUUUAAUGGGACAUUUGGGGGUUUUUUGAUAGCUAUUGGGGCAGUGUGCAGGUUGAUCAUACUGCCCUUGAGAUCAAGACAGAGAUCUAUUCUGGGAUAGAGAGAGAAACAGACAAAUUGUGAAAUGGUUGUGGUUAAAACUGGCGCUAGUGAUAGGUGGUCUUGGUACCCCGCUGAUCAACAUACUUUCAGGGGCCUGCUCCUCUUCAGAGCUUAGGCCGGAAUCACCAAACAGAACCAAAAUCUUCUGUAUUGACUUUCAUUUUGGGAUUCAAACCAUCUGUUUCCUUAUCUAAAGUCUAGAAGUAAAAUGGCACAUUUUUCAUAGCUUUCUUCCCAGUUCCCCUGAGACACUAGAAGGGGUCAUUAAAACAGGUACCAAAAGAAAGAUCUCUCCCUCUCCCCUCUCUUUAGAAAUACCUGAUGCGAGUGGUAUUGGGAAGAGAUUUCCAGAGAACCCCAUUGAAGAGAAUGGAGAGGGACUAGAGAAAGCCUCCCCAAGCAGUGAAAGCCUCCCCAGGCAGUGAAAGCCUCCUGGUUUGUGGUGGGGGCAGCUGCAAGUGCUGUGGGUCGAGCAGCUCCUAGAACUUGCAGGUCGUACACUUAGGGCAAAGUUCUGGGAAAGAGCUAACAAAGCUCCCAUCAGCCUUUUCUCUUUUUUCAAAACAAAUCAGAGCAUUAACUUUUGUGUUUUUUAAAAACAGCCUUAUACCUCACUAGCCCUUCUUCUGGACCCCUUGUUCCUCUCUGUACUUUAUUCCAUCCAGAGGAAUGGAAAAGGUCUGAAAUACAUUUGGAGGUUUGAGUGGACUGGAAUGUCCCCAUGAAGCAGCAGCAACCCUGUGACAAACACCCUGUUGUGAUUGUGUUCUGCAUUGAGGUUUGUGGUUUCCAGGAAUAGGAAGGUGAGAGUAGCCAGGGCUCUUCCCUGCUCAGGUGUCAUCUGGAGUAUUGAAUUACAAAUAUCUGGAAUGGAUCCAGGAUAGAAUCUGGCCUGGACAUCCUGUUAAAACAGUCAGGGAUGUUUUGCCUGAAAGGGGGGAGACUUAUUAGGGGGCAACCACAUGGCGUUAGACACUGAACAACUAUGUGUCCUUAAAUAAGUCACAUGGAGCCUAGAGUUGCCUAAAGGGAAGUCACAGAUCCCUUACCCUCAUCCCGGCUCUCCUGUAUGUAGUCUCUUUCAGCAAGACAGUGUUAGUUCCUUGAGAGGACAGUCUUGCUUGCUAGUAUUUCACUACUAUCUGGCACAUAGUAAGCAACAAAUGUGUUCUUUCCCCUUCCCCUGUGAUGUUUAUUCUUCCUUUAUCCCCAAGUCCAAAAGGUUAGCGAGGCUUAUCUUUAUUCUCCACAACACUACUUGGAGCCAUCCCCUUUUCUGCACUUACACAUCUGGGUUAUCACAAUAGCCUCCUGAUUAAGCUUCCUAACUCAAGUCUUUGUCUUCCUCAUGUGUCCUCUACUUAGAUGGCAAAAGGACAUUCCCAAAGCACUGGUCAAUAAACCCUCUCAUUAAACAACAUUUUAAAUUAGGAUUAAAUACAAACUAUUUUCUUGUCAUUUCAAGCCCCUCAUACUGUAGCUAGGACCUCCCUUGCUAGCUGACUUAUAUGUAAGUCCCUUCACCUUCUGUCUGGUCCAGACAAGUGCAGAUUCUUAAUGCUCUUCCCCCAUGAUGCAUUUUGACACUAUUUGCUUGCCUUUGAAAAGUGUGAACACCCCAUGCCCAGAAGGUAUUCCAUCCUCACUUCUGUGCCUUACAAUCACAGCAUUACUCCAUAUCUCAGCCUAAAUCCCAAAUCCCACAUGAAGCAGGUCCAGGUAUUCCUGUGGUAUUAGUGUGACAUCACUCAGUUCUACCCUCUCUCUUGUUCUAAUUACUUGGUAUGUUCUUCAUAAUUUUUACCUGGUGUGGUCAGAAGUGGCAAAUUCUCCACCCAUUUGAGGUAAGCACCCAGUUUAUUCUUGCUGUAGAGUCCAUACCUAGAGCAUGGGGAGGAGCACACAUGUCCCUAAUGGAUCGGCCCUGAACAUGUGUUUCUCGCCAGUGAACUUUUGCUGACUUCUUGUGACCAAAGUGGAUGCUGCAUUUUGCUGGUAUUCCAGUUAAAAGGGGAAGAAUCCAGGCUUAUUUUAACAUAGACUUCGAGAUAACUAUGUAGUCUUCCUCCAACAUCUCAUGACCAGCUUUUAUGACCUAUGAUCCCAUUCCCACUCAAACCACAUUCUACUUUGGUUGCAUUUUGGAUAAUCAGAAAGUUGGUUUCAGGGAAUGUAGUAGUCAUGGACUCCAUUUUAAUCUACAAAUGAGAAAUCAUUUUAAUUGCCUGGUUUGGCAAUUUUAGCUCUACAAUGUUCAUUGCAUCCUUCAGUGUUCUCCCAGUUAUUUGGAGGCUCAAGCAAAUUGGCCUUUUACCUCCACUUCCUUCACCGUGCUUCAUUUCUCUUCCUUUGUAAACCUGUGAGUUCCCUCCAUCUGUGCCCUGAAUGCAUUUUAUUCUCAGCUGUGCCUGUCAGGAGCCCUAAUUGUCCUACAAAGAUCAGCUCAAAUGCCACCUGACUCCUAAGUAAGAUGCUGGUUCUCUGAACCCCUUCCAGUGACCCUCUUGCCAAAGCAUCCAACUGAAGUAUGGCCAUCGAAUCCACAAUUAGAAGAAAACGUGGCUCUGUUACCUUAUGAUCGAUUAGCUAGUAGAGAUAUUCUUAUCUUGGGGGAGACAGUGACUUGUGCUCCCUUGGGUCCUUUACCUCCCUAAGGAAAAUGGGAAUGUUCGGGGUUCCAUCUCUUACUUUUCUCAGGUAACAGCUGUGACAGCAGCUCAGUACUGGGGUGCUGCUGUUCCACUUCAUGCCUGUGGCCCACAUUGGAGAAGACCUGGAACUCAGGAGUACCUGACUCACCAUGGCCAUUGUUGGCAGUGGCUGUUGCGUCUUUGUAGAUCUGAUCAUAUGACAAGGGUGCAGUACCCAGCUGCUGCUCAGUCUUCGCAGUGUCAUUUUUCCUGCCUUUUCAGGAAAUUCACAGUGCCCAUCUGUAAGUCUGCACAAUUUUUACACCCCUGAGAAGGAGGAACUCGGUAGGCUGUUCUCCUUUGUGUCCUGCACAGUACUGGAGACCAAAUUAGCCUAGUGGUCUUCUACUUGGCCCCCUUCAAACCUAACAGCUGGUCUUGCCUCUGAGGGAUUUUUGGCAGUUUCCUCCCCUUCCCCCUGUCUGUUGGACAGUCCCAUCACUUCAUCUGGCUCUGGGGCCUUCCAUUGUUCCGGGAAAGCUCUUGCCCAUCCAGCCCAAGUCCCCCCAGUUUGUUCUAGGGGAUAUGGUUACUCUCCAGAGAAAAUGCCAAUUUUGGCCCCAUGGACUCUUUAUCCCAGAGAGGGUAAGGCCACUGCCUUCCUUACUCAUAGAUGAAGUUGUAUUCUUGUGCUCAAUUGUAACAGUCUCUCUGUAGGAAUGCCUCUCGAUUAGAAGAGCUCCCACUUCUUUAAGCUGCUCUUCCUCCUCAGAGGGUGGACAAGUCCAAAAUUCCCAGGAAUAAUUUCUUACUCUCAGUUCCUCAGCCAUGUCUCCAUGGAGAGAAAGGCAGCGUUGGAAACAGUCCCUGAUUUAUCUCAUAUGCCUUAAUUUUUUUUUUU